AUGGACCCCGACGACUUUGAUCCUGAAGACAAAGAGAUACUGAGCUGGGAUAUUAACGACAUGAAACUGCCGCAGAACGUGAAAAAGACUGACUGGUUCCAGGAGUGGCCCGACUCCUACGUGAAACACAUCUACAGCUCGGAGGACAGGAGCGCGCAGCGCCACCUGAGUAGCUGGGCAAUGCGCAACACCAACAACCACAACUCGCGCAUCCUCAAGAAGUCCUGUCUGGGCGUGGUGGUGUGCAGCAGGGACUGCUCCACCGAGGAGGGCCGCAAGAUCUACCUGAGGCCGGCCAUCUGUGACAAAGCCCGGCAGAAGCAGCAGAGGAAAUGCUGUCCCAACUGCAAUGGUCCCCUGAAGCUUAUUCCCUGCAGAGGCCACGGGGGCUUUCCAGUCACCAACUUCUGGAGGCACGACGGGCGCUUCAUAUUUUUCCAGUCGAAAGGAGAACAUGACCAUCCCAAACCAGAAACCAAGCUGGAAGCAGAGGCGAGAAGAGCCAUGAAGAAAGUGCAUAUGGCAUCGGCCUCUGGCUCCUUGCGGAUGAAGGGGAGCCCAGAAACGAAGGUUCUUCCAGGUGACAUACCGAGUCAGGGAAGUUUACCUUUAACUUGGUCAUUCCAGGAAGGCGUCCAACUGCCCAGCAGUUACAGCACACCUUUAAUAGCUAACGCCUCCCAGCAGAACUCCCUGAAUGAUUGCCUAUCCUUCCCCAAGAGUUACGAUUUGGGGGGAACCACUGAGCUCGAAGAUCCAACUUCCACCUUGGACCCCACCAUGCUCUAUGAGAAAUGCAAGUUCUCCAGCAGUAGGAUCUACAGCAGUGAAGACCAGUUUCAGCCUCCUGUUCCUGGAGUCUACACAGAAUACGAUGAUCUCCAAGCCUGGAAUAAAAACGCUUCCUUGGGGAGAAAUCCCAACGAUGACACCUGCUAUCCCAGCUAUCCUCUGCCUAUGUCCAGCUGGCCCUGUGACUUCUUUCCCUCCCAGAACUCUUUGGAGCACUUUCCCCAACAGAUUCCACUGGAAGCAGCUGCAGCCCAAACUGGCUGUCAUCCACUGUGGUCCAAUCCAGGAGGUGAACCUUAUGAAGAGAAAGUGCCUAUGGAUUUCAACAGUUAUGUGCCUUCCCUCACGUACCACUCACCUCAGCAGGAUCCCUUUCUGCUCAGCUAUGGCUCUCACGCUCAGCCACAAUACUCACUGCCCAGCAAGAACGGCAAGUGGGAUUUUGAUGAAGAGGUGGCAUGUGCAGGCUUGGAUCACUUCAACAAUGAAAUGUUUCUAAACCUCUGUCCUUUAAGAUGAUUCAAAUAUGCCCCCCCCCGCCCCUGCCCCCAUGAAUCAUGAAUUGUUAAAGGACGAGAAGGAUACCCUUAGAACGUGGGUUUCAAAGCAUAAGCUCAGAGAAAUGUCAGGAUCGUGAUAAGCAGUAGACAAGACUUUUGUUUUCAUUCUAGUGGUCUUUUCACCUCGGCCGUGCUAAUGUGUUUGCCCCAAGUAAGGAACAGAAGAAACUCAUUUGUGCCAGGCAUGGUGGCACACACCAUUAAUCCCAGCACUCAGGAGGCAGAAGCAGUUGGAUCUCUGUGAGUUCAAGGCCGAUUUAGUCUACCUAGUGUGUUCCAGGACAGCCAAGGCUAUGUAGAGAAACUCUGCCUCAAAACCCACCGCCUUCCCUACACCCCUCCAAAAAUAGAGAAAAAGUAAAAAAGAAAAAAAGAAACUUGUGUUGUAGAGCCAAAUGCUCUCUGAUGCCCCUGCCCAAGCUUCGGAAAUUCAGCAUCUCAGUGGGGCUGUCAGGAGGAGUCUUACUAUGACUAAAACAUAUCAACUUAUCAUUUCAUCUAUGCCUUUUUGGAAGCCCCAAAUGAAGGAACAGAAAGAAGACAGAAGAGCUGGGGAGGUAUGGAGUUGGACGUUUUACCAAAGAAGUAUUUAAUACAUCGCUUAUUUUUAUUUUCUUAAAUAUUUUUCCUAGAUUGUGACCUCAUCCUAUUUAUGAAGAGCAGAAAAGAAAUGGACUCGGGAAGAGAAUUGAACCCACCUCUCCUUCCCUUUCUCCUUCUCAGUGUCUUCUUCCACAAGGGCUGAGUUUCUGUCCUACUCAUUUUUAUCCUCUAUAGUAUCUCAAUGUCAGGUCAUACCUGGGAAAUUCUUGCUUACAUGUCUUUGUGAAGGGCUGAAGGUAUGUCUCAACAGACAAGAGCUCGCUUAGCUCAUCAAAGGCCCAGGGUUCAAUCUCCAGCAACAAAUUCCAAUAGCAAAGCUUUGUUGGACCUGGCUGUGCACACCUGUAAUCCCAAAACGAAGCAGGAGGCUAAAGCCCUGCUCAGCACCACAUGCUAAGUGUAUGUUCCAUCAUGGGGCCACGCCUCUUAGCCCCCAUGAAGAGCGUUCUAAGUUUGCUUGAGAUAGGUUCUCACCAUGUAGCCUAAGCUGACCUCAAACAUAGAAUGGGGCUUUAGCCUCGGUACCCCAAACCCAAACAGCUAAAAUAAGGAAUCUCUGUUCCUUUGUCAGCUGGUCAGUUCCCUGUCUCUGCUGAAGUACUUUCCGGAGAAGGCAGUCUAGCACAAAAUCUGGAAUGAACCUUUCCAUAAGCAAGUGAUUUCAAAACAAUCUUUGCCAUUUGAUUCCUGACUAAUGCGUAUGAUGCAAGAAUCAAAAAUAAAUGAUAUCUCUUGUUGCCCUGGUCCUCUGCAAUACUAAAAAGUUUUCUUGUCUACCCCACAGAUUAAUGACAUUUUCUAGACAUAUAUAAAUAUUAUUAUACAUAAUAUAUAAAAUAUAUUGUUUUCUAUGUUA